AAUUUCUGCAGGGAAUCGGCGAGAAAUUUCUUUGGCGAUUCCUGUUCAGCAGCAAAUCAGGCUUUAGGAUGGAUGUAGGUUCUGUGACGUGUUCCGUUGCUCACAUCAAUCCAGAGUUCAACAAAUGUAAACUGGAAUUAGUGUUCGUAAACAGUACACGAUGACUUUGCUCUUGAGUUGCAUACACAUAAUAGAGGUGCUUAUUGUUAAUGAAGAUUUCAUGCACGACUUAAUUUGUCUGUGGAUAUAUAACCAUGCAUUCCGAGUAAUAAUUGAUAAUUUGCUGUUUUUACGAUAGUAUAACAAUAUGUCGAAUUACCCUAAAUGACCUUGAUGUCUUUUUUCUUGUUUAGGUGAAAAGGAUCAGAGAAAUGGUGUUUCACCAUUGAAUUUGAAAUAAUUGAAAGCUAUUGUUUCGUCUCAUCUUUCUGUGUUCAUUGUGUUUACGAUAUCUAAAUUAUCCCAAGGUUACUUGAGCAGCUGUUGUGAAUAUGCACUGAUCCUCCUUCUUCUUCUUCUCUUCUGGGUGGCCGAGACAUGCACUGAUCCUAACAAUACAUAUCUUUUGUCACUUUUCAUCAUAUUGCUGUUGCUAUCUAAAGCUAUAAAAGCCUCAUCAAGUUAGAUUACACGUAUCAGUUGAGUAUGGCUUCGUGCCACGUGAUCAUCAGUGAAAGUGUAAAGAGUUAUUCAAACAGAACGAUGUCAGAUGACGAAGAUUUUCUCGGUUUCGAAGAUGAAGAGACAGCACCACAUCCACCGGAUAUAUUGAAAACUAAUCGCAAUAAUGACCUUCUUAUCAUCAAAGGAUUUGUGUUCUACCGGAACAGAAAACCCGUCGACGGAACUCACUACUGGGAGUGCAAGGUGAGAAACCAUUCUGGUCGUCACUCCAGGAAAAAAUGCCCGUCGCGUGCAGUCACUAAAAUGCGCAACGAACAACAUCAAAUAAUUUCGAUGUCUGAUCAUAAUCAUGAAAAUGAUCCCACAUUCAUGUGACGGAGAUCAAAUUUCGCAACGCUAUCAAGCGGCGAGCAGCUGAUGAUGCAAGCAAGCCGGUUAAGUUGCUUCGAUUGGCAGCUACCACUUUUCCAAAAGAGGUUCAGGAAAGAUUCACUCUAAAUGCUCAACGCAAACUUCUGGAACGUGUCCGAUCAAAAACGAGCACUACGCCGAAGGAACCGGAUUCCUUGGUUGGAUUUGAUGUUCCGGAUGGUUUGAAGACUUCCAUCGACGGAGACAAAUUUUUACUCGCAGACAUAACAGAAGGUAACGAGAGGAUCCUGAUGUUUGGUACAAACGAAAAUCUACAACGUUUGGUCAAGUCCAAAUAUUGGGUGAUGGAUGGAACUUUCAGCAGCGUGUUGAACUUGUUUCGGCAGCUGUUCACAAUUCACGGUAGUAGCCCUCCGAGUCACCAACACACUUUUCCACUCGUUUAUGUUCUGAUGACGUCUAAAAGUGAAGAACUCUAUCGAAAAGUCUUUCAGACGUUGAACGAUAUUGGUGAUGAUCUUGAAAUACAAUUCAAACCAGAUGUAAUUUUAUCGGAUUUCGAGAAGGCCAUUGUAAACGCUAGCAAAACCGAGUUUAAAGACUCCAAACAUAAUGCGUGCUUUUUCUAUUUGAGCCAAAAUAUGUGGAAGCAUGUGCAACAUUUAGGGUUGACGAAAGACAUGAACAACGAUGUAAAAUCAUUUGAUUUUUUCAAACAAACACAGGCUUUAGCAUUUUUGCCACCAUCGAAAAUACCAGAAGCAUUCGAUAUGUUGAAGGCAUCGGCACUGUAUCGCCUGACAGAAUUUUUCUCAUAUUUUGAGGAAAACUAUGUUCAUGGAAGAGUACGGAGAACAACAAAACAAGGUAGGGUCACCAGAAAUGACCCACUGUACCCACCAAGUUUGUGGUCGGUAUAUGACAACAUCAAAAAAGCCAUUCCGCGAACGACUAACCAAAUCGAGAGUUGGCAUAGCCAAUGGAACUCGAUAGUUGGACAUCAUGCAGGAGUGCUAAAAAUGAUUGAAAAGUUCAGAUUAGAAGAAAAAUACGUAUCAGGCCAAAUACUUGGAUAUCUCUCGGCAAAUAGUAGCAAGAGAAGAAAAACCGACAGUGAACUGAACGACGGUAAAAUAAGUAAAAUAGUCAACAAUCUGACGUCCAUGACAAACGAAGAUUAUUUGAAAGCUAUCGCUGCAAAUUUGGGAUCGAAGUCUAAGUAGAAUCGAUGCAUACUGGACAACGUAUUAUAUGAUGUAUUUUUGAUAAUUUGUAAUUACUUUUAUAUCCAAAUGUGAAUAAAUGUGUUUUGAUUAGUUAUGAUGAUAAA